GCGGGGGUUUGUUGCUGUCACAGAUUUGUAAAGUGUAGAGCCGCGAGACAGAGCCGUCUGGAGCGCGCGCACCGAAAAGAUGGAGCUGUCGGCGACAGAAGACCGGGUUUUCGCCGCGGAAUCCAUCCUGAAAAGCCGCGUUAGGAAAGGUCGAAUUGAGUACCUGGUUAAAUGGAAAGGUUGGGCGCUAAAGCACAGCACAUGGGAACCCGAGGAGAACAUCCUAGAUGAUCGACUUAUCACAGCCUUUGAGCAAAAGGAGCGUGAGCAGGAACUUUAUGGCCCAAAGAAACGUGGACCUAAACCAAAAAACUUUGUACUAAAGGCACGGGCACAGGCGGGUGAUAGACCUCGAAGCUCAAAUGCUCGACGCACUCCACCUCGCACCACUGCGAAGCCUCCAACCUCGUCCUCUUCUGCAAGUUCAGCUGCUCCUCAGCCUUCAUCAUCCUCUUCCUACUCCACCGCUCCAACCCCCAGAGUGCACUCUCUCGCUGCUGCUCAUAAACUGAAGAAAGACAUCCAUCGUUGUCAUAGAAUGUCUCGACGACCUUUGCCACGACCUGACCCUCUGGCCGACCCCACAGGAUCCACAUAUUCAUCCCGUCCUCCCAUCUCUCCAUUCUCUGAAACUGUCCGCAUUCUCAACCGUAGGGUAAAACCUCGGGAGGUUAAGCGGGGACGCAUAAUCUUGAACCUGAAGGUCAUUGACAAAUCUGAAAAUGGUGGAGUAGCCAGUAGAAGGUCACCGCAGUCAUCCACGGGGCGGGCGAAAAUCCCAUCCCGAAAUCGCAUCAUUGGGAAAAAGCAUGGGGACAUGCCUUAUAGGCCAUUCCAGCAUCCUAUGAAGAUGUUGGGUUUCCCGAUGUACGGCCAGCCAUUUGGGCUUCACCCCUGUGGGCCAUUGUCCUCUAUGGCCAAUGAAGGGUCCAACAAAGCCAAUCAAAGAGGUGGAAGCUUCUGUGGUAGCCAUUCCUCUGCAAAUGCACAGAAGUUUCAGUACCAGCCACCACCUUCUCCAUCCAGCUCCAGUGGGUCUAAUGGCAGCUCCCCUUCACCUCAGAAACAACCGACUCAACCUGAAGCACCUACUUCAACUAAAUUGGGCUCCCCAGCCUCAUCACGCUCCCGAGAUAGCUCCCAACCUCACCCAAAGUCCAGCUCGGCGCCAUUCCUCCCUUCCUCACCCUCCUACACAUCUUCCCCAUCAUCCUCUCUAGAAGAUGAAGACCAGGGCACUCCGAAUGUCGCCACUUCACGGGGUGGAAAACGGAAACUCCGACAUCGAACCCAGGCGGGUCAAGCGUCGGUCAGCCAGGUUAGUGACCGCACUACUGCCCCACUUCUUGAGGAAAAUAGGGUGCCAAAAGAGGGGGACCCUAAUUGGCACCCUGAAAUGGCACCCAGCUGUGCCAAUGUAGUCGUUACUGACGUCACCACAAACCUUCUCACAGUCACCAUCAAGGAAUUCUGCCAUUCUGGAGCUGGUUCUGAACCCUCCUCCCCUUGCCAAGCUGACAACCCACCCUCUCCCACCACAGCUGCCUCUUGAAAGUUCCCCCUAAAUGCCCCCAGCCAAAAUAUCUGCCCACUUAACCCCAUGAGAACUUGCCAUAAUGAUAUUAACGCAUCCUAAAAUAGUUGCCGUUAAUGAAAUUAAAAUGUAUUUUUGGUGAAAUUGAGAUAUAUUGAAGUAAUAUUUAAAGGCAGGGUUGCUUCCAUUGACCUAUACUUUUUAAACAGCAUGUUAUGAUGGUUUUGUAGUACUUCAUGCCUUUCUUCCCCCUCUUUUUUCCCCAGUGAUCCUGACUUUCCACAGCCUUUUUGCCCAGUAAUUGCGCCUUGUCUUGUCACCACCAGUCCAGUAGAGACCGCCAUUCCCAUAUCUCCAGACCUAAAGUUCAGAAUCCACCCAGAAAAUGUUGAUCUUAACAGCUUUCUUGGACUCGAGACAUUGCACCAAAAAGUUUUUUAUCUUUUGAGGUGCAUUGUUGAGGUGCACACAAGAUGCUUCACUCCUGCUUUGGAAGUUCAACAGGUGUGGAUGAAGAUUGUGUAUCCGCACACACACUUGUUAGAUAACACUUAUUGUGGCAACAUGCCCAUUUAGGCAUCCAACCCAUGCAUUGAUCUUGCCAACUGUCUCCUUUGCUAAUGAAGAACCAUUGCUCAUGAAGAACCCAAGUCAUCAUGGCGCUCACUAGAUUACCCGGGCGUAGACGUGACUGUAUUUAUAUGCACCAAGCUGCGAAAUCCUGAGGACAGUUAAGUUAUUUCCUUCUGCUUGAACGCUUUGAUCCAGAUGUCUGCCGAGACUCUAAACUGACUCAAGUGUGAAUGCUGAGGACUGCAUCUAAAGUGUGGUACUGUACGUUAAACCUUCCACAUACUCAACAACCCACUUUCCUUAUUGGAGAAGUACCUUCUCAUAUUUGCCUUCUGACUACAAUAGUUUGUGUUUCAUGUAAUAGUUACUGUAUUUUUGGGGUUGGUAACGAGGGGUAACUUCUCUCAGAACUUGAUUGGAGGAGUUCAAAUAUCAUUUUAGAGACUUUUAGAGUAAGUGGGUCUCAGACCUACCAAAUAUAACAGAUUGCCUUGGUUGAUGAAACCCUCUUUCACACUUUCAAACGAGACAGUCCGGGACCAUGAUUAUUGUGAGUGUUAUGAUGGUGACUGCAUGUCGUUGGCCCCUUGAGCUUGUCUGCAGGUCCGACCAGGUGCUAGAAUUGCCAAUACAGACCUGGGAUAAAGCUAGCUUGUUUAGUUGGUAGGUGCUUGGGAUGUGUCUGUACCGAGAUUGGUAUUUGUCCAAUAAUAUCUAUCAAUCUAUCUAUAUAGUUAUAAAUCUAGAUAUCUAUCUAUCUAUCUAGUUUCGAAAACGGUAUCUGUGCAUUGGUAGCAGAUACAUAGAUAUAUACAUAGAUGCCCCAUUAGCAUUUGUUUCUAAGGGCCACUAUAUGUAAGCCGUCAGCCAUAUUGGAACAGUCAAAGCCGGUCCGUGAAUAUUCGAAAGAGAGUUGACUGUGCAUCUGCAACAAUAGUCGCUCCGUUCCGUGCCGGGGAGCGGCUCGUUUAGCUGUCCCUGGCCUGCUUGGAAUAGGUGGGCCAGAGCACGGUUUGGUUGGGCUCGAGCGCGGUUCGCAUGCAAUGUGAGCGCUAACAGCUACUACUUUGUGUGCGCUACUGUCAUUAUUACGACGGCAAACAUCUUUAUUACUACUCGGAUAGUACUCUUUUCAAUUCAUGUACUUAAUUAGAGUGUAUUUGGGUUUAUAAUGGGUCUGCUUCUCACCUUAUUGAUGAACAGGAAUUGUAGUUUGCAGUAGCAAAAUACCUCCAACAUCAGCUGCCUUUGUAGUUUGUAAUAAUCCUCUGAUACGUGCAAGUGAAAAUCACUGCGCGGCAUAAAUGAUAAAUCUAUUAAGCAAUAUCUUAGCGAAAGUGCAUUUCUUCCUGUUUUCUUCCAUACAAAAAGUUGCAUCAUAUAUGACGUAAGCGUGCUCCGGCACGGAACGUUAAGGGCAAUGUGAGUGCGGGCCAGCGGGGGAGUGGGGAGAGGGGCAGUCGCGCUCGGGCUCGGUUCAAGACAACCGUACCUAAAUGUCCUAAUUGAACUAAUCCUGGCUUAAUCUAAGCCCUGUCUGUGAAACCAGGCCAUACAAACACAAACUAACACAUUCUCAUAUGUGAAAGUUUAUCCCAUUUCUUUGGGAAUUUAAAUCUCAGCGGUUUCACAGCCAGAAGCUGCACAAUAUUGUGGUAUCAUUGAUUCUUACUGUGAGUGACAACACGCUGACUGUUCCAAAAUGGCAGGCAUACCUGGAGUGGCUGAAUGUGGCAUCUAUGUAUACAUAUCUAUGAGCAGAUACACAUCUAUGAGCAGAUACAGCGCUUGUAUCUACUGCACUGUAGAGUGUAGUUACAAGCGUUCAAGGAAUAGUUAAUCAAAAAAUGAACAUUCUGUUAUCAUUUACUCACCAUCAUGUUGUUCCAAACCCAUACCAGAAUGUUGAUGCUCUUUUGAAAGUUGAUGGGGAACAAGAGCUGUAAAACAACAAGAAGGACAAAUGACUUGUGCGCUGUAUUCCAAGUUGUAUGAAGGCAUCUGAUAGCUUUGUGUGUAGAAUCGACUAAAAUGCAAGUAAUUCCUUAAAAAUCUGUACUAGAAACGUUUGCUUGACAGCCUUGGUCUCCAUUCACUUUCAUUAUAAGAAAUAAAGAGCAGCUUGGACAUUCUGCUGAAUAUCUUAUGUUUCACUGAAGAAAGGUUUGAAAAUACAUGAAAGUGAGUACAUAAUGACAAUUUCUGAGUGAAAUUCAUUUAAUAUUUUAAACUUUACUGAAAGCUAAAUAGUUUAGUUGCGUCAUGGUGUAACUUUAUUAUUUUAGAAUUUAUUUUAAAAAUUGUGGGAAUCUUUCACAGGCUUUUCUUGAGCAGUCCAGCAAGCAAUAUUAUAACUUGCCACAUUAGGCCUAAAGAAACAGGUUAACACAGUAUAUGGCAGCUAACUUGGUUGUACUGAAGGAUGAUAAAAUGUCAGACUCCUCCGGAGGACAAAGGCAAACCUCAUUAUAAGAUUUAAUUAUAGAACACAAUUAAGUUCCACUUGUAGUCAUAUAGCCAUCCUCUAAUGGAGCACUUUUACUCUAUCACUGUGCCUUUAGGGAGAAAUGAACCGUAGAAAAAUAUGGCUUUUUUAAAAAAAAGUUUUUCCCAAAAUUAUUUACAAAUAUUGACAAUUUUUAUUAUUUUUAGAAUGUAUGUGUAAAUAAAUAUAUGAACUUUUUUAAAUAACUUUAAACUGCUUUAGUUUACCGGCUUCCAAACAUUAAUGUGAACUUAUCUACUUAAAACUCUUAUUUUCUUUGCCAAAGUUCUUUAUACGUUUAAUUUUUGUUUAUCAAAGUCAUCAAAUGUUUAUCCCAGGUCUGAAAUAAUUCAUGUUGUGAACAUAUCCCUGGUGCUGCCCCACUGAGGGCGCUACAUUCGGUUCAUCUGUACAGAAAUAUAUCUAAUAUCGAAGCAUGUGUUGCAUUUAGCUACUCUGUUCGACUCCAUAAUGUUGUUACCUUUGCCUACAAAGUGUUCCACAUACAAACAGUCAAGUCUUUGUUUACCUUUAUAUCCUUAAUGUUAGAAAAUAGAUGUUGAUAUGGUGUGAAACAAUGCAAGAUGGUUUCUCCUACAGAGGUAGCUUAGCACUAUGAUAAUAUGUGGCCUACAUUUCAUGCAAUAGGGCUUGUGUUUUAUAGGAUGUAGCCACCAGGGACCAUCAUGGCACAGACAAGAGAUUGCUUAAAAAGACAAGGAUGAAGGUAUACUGGAGGUUACAUCAGUGUCUGAUGUGUUUUUUUUUUUUUUUUAAAGAAUUUUUUAUUAUUAUUAUUAAUAAUAAUAAAUUUGUGUCGUAGAAGUGAAUGAUACGUGUGCUGCCUUUAUUUUAUAGCCAUUGUUGUUCAAUUUUACUAGUGUAGUUUGGGUUUGAGAGAAUAUAGAACACAAAACAGAACUAAGUGUGAUUUAUAUGAGUCAUCUCUUUGGUAAUGUGUAAGGCUAAUGCCAUUGAUGAAGCUGAUUAUGAUAAUGAACUUGUUGCUAUGACAUUGUAAUGUAACGGAUGCAUGAUUUGAGAAACCUAAUUGUACAGGUCAUUUAAAUGUCAUACUGUUGUUGUUGCUUUGUGUGUUUCUUGAAAGAGGCUUUUAAUAAAAUCACUUUAAAGACA